AUGGCGAUCUCCCAGGUCUGCCAGCUAUGUCAACAGUCCCCUCGGCUCUUCUCCAACCAUGCUGCCCAGUUGCACACACUGCUGGGCCUGUACUGUGUUUCCGUGAACUGCAUGGACAAUGCUGAAGCCCAAUUCACCACAGCCCUGCGGCUCACCAACCACCAGGAGCUAUGGGCCUUCAUUGUGACCAACCUUGCGAGUGUGUAUAUACGGGAAGGAAAUAGACACCAAGAGCUAUACAGUUUGCUUGAGAGGAUAAACCCAGACCACAGCUUCCCGGUCAGCUCACACUGCCUCCGAGCAGCAGCCUUUUAUGUGCGGGGGCUCUUCUCCUUCUUCCAGGGCCGCUACAAUGAAGCCAAGCGAUUUCUACGAGAAACUCUAAAGAUGUCAAAUGCAGAGGACCUGAACCGCCUCACAGCCUGUUCGCUUGUGCUGCUGGGCCACAUCUUCUAUGUGCUGGGGAAUCACAGGGAGAGUAACAACAUGGUGGUGCCUGCCAUGCAGCUGGCCAGCAAGAUCCCAGACAUGUCUGUGCAACUGUGGUCAUCGGCCCUCCUCAGAGAUCUAAACAAGGCAUGUGGGAAUGCCAUGGAUGCCCAUGAGGCUGCACAGAUGCACCAGAACUUCUCACAGCAGCUGCUGCAGGACCACAUUGAGGCCUGCAGCCUCCCAGAGCACAACCUCAUUACGUGGACAGAUGGCCCACCCCCUGUGCAGUUCCAAGCUCAGAAUGGACCCAACACCAGCCUGGCUAGCCUUCUAUGAGGCCCCUAUGGCCUUUGUCCCCAACUUGGACCCAACACUGGAGCUUUCUGGGAACAAAACCACCAGGGUGUCCACCAACCCCUCACCAUUGUCCGGAGCUGAGUCCCAGUAGUGCUGGAGUCAUCAUCUGCCUCUGAGGUGACAGCCAGUCCCGCCUGUACCAGGAUUCAGUGCCAUCU